UGUGAUCCUACAGCUGAUUUCCUUGGGUUGCGCGAGUCUGUGUGUACUGUAAUAUGUGUGUGUACUGUAUGUAUAUGUAUGUGUGUGUGUGCGUGUUUUGUGUGGGAUCACGAUUCCUCGUCACCUGUAUUUCACCCACUGAUCAUCAAACCUAACAUUUUGGUAAGCUAUGGCUCAGGCAUCUCAGAUCAGCGCCCUGGAGCUCAACUGUCCCAUCAAAGUGGAACACGACAGGAAACGACGGCAGUUUACCGUAAGAUUAAACGGCUCCCAUGAUCGUGCUGUGUUGUUGUACGAAUACAUCGGGAAGAAGACCGUGGAUCUCCAGCACACCGAGGUCCCUGAUGCCUAUAGAGGUCGAGGGAUCGCAAAGCAUCUGGCAAAGGAAGUCGCACACUUGGUUCUGAAGCCCACAGACUGCUGCAGUGAAUUGGCCUUGCUCAGCCAUCAUACAUCGUUAUGGAGGAGCAGAUCGUCGUUGCUCACUGAUGAUUCUGCAACCAGCUCUCGGAAGAGGCUGUGUUGCAAGCUUGACGUUGCUCUGAUGAAAUUAAUCAUUUUCAGUACUACCGCCAUUAUUUCUUUACGUUCCCCGCUUAGCCGAGCACACAGCACACUUUGAUGAAUGAGACAGUGUGCAGCUACUGCAGAAAGUCGCGCUAUCAAACCUUUGUCUGCCAGCCAUGGAAGGGGUGCCAUCGGUAACAAUAAGAGAAAUGUUUUCGAGCGAUAGUCCAUGCUGUUUGAAUACGCUGAGCCUUUCAAAACUGAUGUCGCCAGUUUUCAAGAAGUUCCAAACCUAACAGCAUCUCUCGGACAUUUUGGCCAUCAAAGUGCCUGACGUACACUUGUACACGACAUGUUAUUGUUCUUGCUGACAGUGUGGCAGGGUAGAACAGAGCCCUGCAUGUAAAUAGGGGGCAGGCAGAGCCUUGCUGGUAAAUGUGUUUUAUUGUUAGGUGUUCAUUGGGAACGGGAGAAUGUAUUGUUUAUGGAUGAUGUGAUUGGUGUUUAUUUAAAAUAUAAUGUUUUAUAACUGUACUAUUAUGGCUUCCAGUAGAUUUUUGCAAUUUAUCAUUUUGUAGUUUCUUUGAUUACAUGAUGGUAAAUAAUAUACCUAAAUUAUGUUCAUAUCGUUUUUUUUUUUUUUUAAUUGUCUCAAUCAUACGAUUCUCGGUGAUGCAAAACCUUUUGGCCAUAGCUGUACAUUAUAUUAGAGUACAUAACCUACUCUGUGUUACUGAACUACCGUUCAAUUUUUCUGCAACACUGUAGCAGAGUCAGUCGCGUAGUGCAGACCGCUCAUGUGUGGCCGGUUGGGGACUAGCAGUAUCGCACCGCAGGAAUGCCCAGCGGAGCUGCGUCACCUAUGUGUGUCCCGGCCGGAUUUAUGUGCAACUAAAUAUACUGAACUGUUAUGUAUGUGCAAUAGACUGUGCAUACAAAUAAAAAACAGUGCUUGACUUGUUUGAAUCAGUUUCACAUUGACAUAUUAUUUUGUACAGAAAGUUUCAGUACCGCUGUCAGAUGUGCUUUGGAGAGUGAUGUUAUAUACACUGUACCAUUAAGGAAACACAGAGUUUGGGGUAUGAGAAGAUUGCUUAUGUUUAAAUAACCCUUUUAGGGUACAAUAUAUAUUCAUGUAUUGCUGUUUUUGUUGUGUUCAUUCAUACAAACUAUUUCUAUGUCCCCCAAGCUGUUUCGAUGACCAGGCUUCUACUGUACUUGUUUACCUGUGAUAUCUCUGUGUUAUAUUGCUUCUUUAAACACCCAGCAGACAACAUGGGAAGUGCUUUUGAGGCUUGUGACAGGGCGAGGAGCCCUGCACAUGAAAAGGGGGCGGGGCAAAGCCCUGCCAUAAAUGUAUUGUUUAUUUUUAGAACGGGAUACCCCUCCACCCCUGUGCAAUUUAUUAUAUUGUAUUUGUUUUGUAUUCUUCUUCUUCUUGUCAUGAUUUAUUUAUUUACUAAAUGUGACUGCGAAGAGCUGUAGGUUUUGUUUAGUAGCGUGGAUGGGAAGCCCCAUCCACAAUUUAAAAACCUUGUGUAGAAGGUGGCCAUCUCCCGAAUUAAUUGAGUAAUUUGUUGCUAAUCGGGAGAUGGUCACCUGCAUAUAAGCCUGCAGUUAUCCCUUCUCUGUGUGAGUUGUUCAGAGGAGAGAAUGGAGCGAGAGAAAGACAGGAGAAAGAAACAAGAAAGAAACAAAACGAAACAAAGUAAAAUAUAAUAAAAAAAUGUAUCUCUUUUUUUUUUUUUUUAAGUAAAAAUAAUCUAGGAACAGUGAAGGCGAUUUGCCCAGCCUGACCUGGAUCAUUUGUUUGGUGUUUUGUGUGUGUGAUUUUUGUUUUUGUUAAAACCUUUAUUUUUGCUCUGUGAGAAGUGUGUUUGUUUAAAUAUUUAUUUUAUUUUUGUUAUUUAAAUAAACGGCGCACGCCUGCGGUGCAAAAGACGCGUAUUUUUGUAUUGUUUUCUUCCUGAAUUCUGCCCUGACGUCACCACUUAGCCAUCCUGUCACAGGGCUGGAUUGCAAACACAAUAUACUACAGAUGGUGACAGAGAGGAUAUGUCAUGAAAAAAUCUGACUUCCAGUAUUUCAUUUCAUGGGCGGAUGCAUCGAUAGCAAACAAGCCUUUGGGUGAG